AUGAGUGGCGCAGAUGGCAGCACAGCGCUGCUGCGCAAGCGCCUGAGCCUGAGUGGCGGCGGCUCGCGGGCGGGGGCUCCGUCGCCUGGCGCGCGGGCGGGGCCACCGUCGCCUCUGGCGCUCCCAGGCGGCAGCGGCGGCCCUGCUGCUCUCGUGGACAUCACUGCGGCCGCCAGCAACCAUGGCCAGGCAGCACAAGGAGCGGCAGUCGACCACUGCCAUGCCCUGCUGCCUCUGGACCUCCAGCGGAGGGCCACUCCUGCCCCACCCGCCCAAGCAGUCAAGGCUGGAAGCGAUGGCGACAAAGACAGCUGGGAUGAGGAUGAGGAGGAUGACGAUGCACCCAACUGGGAUCUGCUGGGAGACCUGGGCACGUCGCCGCCGCCACCUCAGCACCCACCAGCAGCUGCGCAGCAAGCUCCGCAGGCAGAAGCACCAGCGGGCCAGGCACAUCUGCCAGCAGCAACGGGGCCAGCACCAGCACCGCAUGCCGCCGCGGCCCAGCAGCAGCAGGCCUUGGCUCCGGCAGGCUGGCGCAGCCCAGCCGAGGAGCUGCAGCAGGCUGCGGCGGCCGCCGAGGGGCCGGCCACCAGGCCGCUGCCAGCUACUGCACACCAUGGCGGCGGGUUUGGUGGCGGCAGCGGCAUGCGGUCCCGCCUGACCACUGGCAUGCGCCCGGGCUUGACUUCCACUGGACGACGCAAGCGGCUGCGCUCCAUUUUCGCUGACGAGGAGGAGGAGGGCGGCGAGGGAGGCCUGGGCGGAGCGGCAGCCGUGGCGGCGGGUGGUCGGACGGACGACAGCGACGAUGAUGCCGACUUGUGUGAUGUGGCAUGGGGCAGCAAGGGCAAGGCCGCAGCACCCAGGGCGCAGCAGCAGCUGCCAGGGACCCAGACGGUUGGCCAGGGGCUGCGGCGGCUGCACAAGGCUGGAGACAGCCGCAUGCCCCAGCAGCAGCAGCAGCAGCAGCAGCAUGAGUGUGAGGUGGAUUUAACGCCGGAUGAGGCCUGGGCAGCUGAGGGUGCGGCUCCCUCAGCCGCCACCGCACCCCGCCCCUCUGGGCCAGCGCUGCUCAGUCUGCAGAGCACACCCUUUUCGGAUGAGGUUGCAGCAGACCCAGCAGAGCCACCUGCAGGCGCGGCCUGUCCAGGAGAGGCAGCAGCGCCGGCAGCGGCGGCAGGCGCGGGGGCCAAACCGAAGGGCAACCCAUUUGCUCGCACCGGUGCGGCGGCCAAGGGAUCGCGCAUCACUCUGGCCGCUACCGCAGCGGUUGGGGCACCAGCCAUGGCUGCUGCGGCAGCCGCAGCGGCAGAGGCGGUUGAUGCGGUGGCCCGGUUGAGCAGCCUGCCAGACGGGCCGGCGGGUGCCGGCGCCGCAGCGGCGGCGGCUGCCGGCGGCGGUGCCGGUGCCAAGCCCUGGCAGCAGCACCGCACCUUCAAGCCGCCCCGUAUGGAGCCCAAGCAGCAGCCGCAGCAGCCGCAGCGCGCCAGGCCUGCGGCUGUGUUUGACAGCAGCAGCGACGACGACUUCUUGCAGGCGCCCAGCACGGCCAAGCGCCGCCGCCCGGCUGCCUCCGCCCAGAAGCAGCGGCAGCAGCAGCAGCUGGCGAGGCAGCAGCCCAAGGCGCCGGCUCCGGCGGCGCCGCAGCGCAGAAACCAGCACCAGCCUCAACAGCAGCAGCAGAAGCCGCCUCAGCAGCCUCAGCAGCAGGAGGAGCCGGAGGUUUCCAGUCUGGUUGACAGCAGCGGCGGCCCCUCCCAGCAGCGGGAGCCGCUGCCGGGUAGUCAACGCGCCGAGGCACCCGCGCAGCAGCAGUGGCAGUGGCAGCAUCAGGCUUGGGGGCAGGGCGUCCAGCAGCAGCAGCAGGACACGGGAGCUGGAGCAGCGGCAGGCGGAGCCAGCGGGCCACAGGUGUUCUGGCAGGCAGCGGAGGAGGGCCCAGAGGAGGAGGGCGGGUGGGAGGAGCAGCGAGCUCCGAAGCAGCAGCAGCAGGCGUGGGGUGAUGCGGACCGGCACGGCGGCUACGGCCAGCAAGCGUGGCACGCCGGCCAGCAGCGCUGGGAUCAGCGCCAGCAGCAGCAGCCUGGAGGGUGGGACGCUCAGGGGUGGCAGCAGGGGCAGGAGCCGCCGCGAGGCCAGGGCCGGCAGUGGCUGGGCGGGGAGGCCCAAUGGCAGGAGGGGAGCCACCACCGCCACCACCACCACCACCACCAGCAGGAGCAGGAGCAGGAGCCUGCGGUAUUCUGGCAGGCGCCAGAGGAGGAUGCGACAGACGGCUUUGGUGCUGCUGGAGGCACCGGCCAGCCGGCAUCCCAGCAGCGGCAGUGGGUGGAGCAGCCGCACGCGCGGCCCGCGGGAGCGGGAGGCUGGAAGGCGGCAGCGGGGCCCGCGGGUGGCGACGCGCCGUGGUGGGCGCGCUUUCCAGACUUUGUGCCGGUUGCCGCGCUGCGUGGCGGCCAGGACCCCAGGGAUGGCUCAACUGUGUACAUUGACUACCGCCAGCAGUUUUCGGGAGCCAGCGGCGGCGGCGCCACUGCAGCCUCCAAGGCCGCCGCCGCCGCCGCCGCUUCCAGCCCGUUGGCGGCCAUGGGUGGCGCAGCGGGCGGGCGCAAGCGCGGCGCCGCCGGCCGCAAAGGCGACCGAGGCGGCGGCGGCGGCGGCGGCGGCGGGGCUGGCGAGGGCGGCGGCGGCGGCUUGACGAGCUGCUGGAUCGAGGAAGGGGCUACCAAGGUCUAUUAUGACGCCAGCGGCAACAAGCUGUGGGGCCAGAAGGCGUACAUGACCUACAAGCGGGAGAAGGGCGAGCCGCUGGGCCGCGGCGGCGACCGCAAGGGCAGGGCCUCCUCGUCCGGCGGCGCCGGGCGCAAACGCAAGGCCUCUGCCGGCGGCGGGCGCAAGCGCAAGUCCGGGAGCGGCGGCGGGAAGCGGGCGCGCUCGUAG